GAAUUAAUACCUGCCAAUCAGCUCCCGUGGCACUAGAUUCGAACAGCAACUCGCUAACAGAUAAACUGAAGUAAAGAAUAUCGUUUACUUGUUACUUAAACGUUAAAAAACCCAUUUGGUAAAGUUAAUUCGCCGUAUUGUUCGAUAAUACAUAAAUGCCGGGUACCGAGUCAUGGCAAAAGAACGGCCUCAGAAAAAGUCAUUCCAGGACAGUCUGGAAGACAUUAAAGAGCGGAUGAAGGAGAAGAGGAACAAACGUCUCGCCAGCGCUACAUCUUCCAGCAGAGGACAGAACAGGAGCGUAAACAAGAGCAGCGGGGCCAACUCCACUAACACCAUCCUGAAGGGAGUCCAGUUGAACAACAAGGUUUUGGCUGUAGCGCUACAAGCAGAAAAGGAAAGAGGGAGAAAAGCCAAUGCAGUCAUCUUACAACUGAAGAGAGAACAACAGGCUCUGUUUCUUCACUUGCUGCUGCUUAAGAAGAAGGUCAAGGAGCAGGAAGCCUUAGUGGCUUCCAGUGCUUUACAGAAAAAAUCUCCAUAUCAUCAUGAUGAACCUCAGCACAAUAUAAAUUCAACAAGGAGAAGGCGAACCAGCCAUGAUCUCAGAGAGUGUGAAGCAUCAAUAAUUAGUGCAGAGCGUAACGAAGCUGAAAGUACAGAGCAGUCUAAAUGUGACGAACAUUUCAUCUUGCCUUCCACGGUGGGCACUCGACGUCAGCGUACAGAAAAAAUAAAUACCAGGCGGUCUGAGCGCGUGCAAAAUCGGCAGUCUUUUUGUGAUGUUGCCACCAUUCCAGAAAUCGAUACUUCAGUAGGGAGUCCUAUUUGUAGCAAUGACAAAACUUUAAAUUUACCACAGCGAAGAUCAGAACCAGAAGCAGCAGGUGUUACAGAUACUGAGAACUUUCAGCACUCUACUCCAGAACCAGUGCCACAUAAAAAAGUAAGUAGGAAAAAAGCCCAGCAGCAACCUUGCACCAAAACAGAACCAGCUACACGGAAAGUCGAGCGAGGCCGUAAAGUAGAAUGUUCCCAAUUGAGGAAACCGUGGGAGAAGUCCAAACCCAGGGCUCGCUCCAAGAGUAGGGACCGUUCAGCCACACGUUCCAAAAAAGCACCUCCACCGCAGGGAAGCAAACUCAACACUUCACUGGGAUUCAAUGACACCUUUGACUUUGACUGUGAAGAGACCACUCACGUCACGCCUUUUAAGGCAAAGGUGGAGGACAGUCAGCCGAACACCCCCAUCACUGAAGAGUCUCGACAAAGACAACAGACUGUAGCUGAGGAAUCAACUGGUGGCUCCAGAAGGAAUGAUUCCGGCUCGUCUUCACCAUUAUCUGACUCAGAUGACAGCCCUUAUGUACCUAAAAAAACAGCACGGACACAGAUGUCUUCGGGUCAGACCAGCAGGGUGAUCACAACCCGUAGAGGAUGUCCCUCCAAAGUUGUUGAGCAGAAAGAAAAUGUCUCUCAAAAACAGGCAAACACUGAUUUUAGAAAAAAACAAUUAAAUCCAAAGGUUCUGCAGCUCAAAAAGCAAGAAACUCAUCUCUACCAGUUGCCGGACUCGAGCUUCUCUAACAGUCCUAACCCUACAGGAAUGGAAGAGGAACAUCAAGAGCCUCACAGAGAGGGUUUGGAUGAGGACAGUCUGCAGCUUGUCAGUCCUCUGGUCGAAGCCGAGAUGAUGAGAAUAGACAAUGUCCUGUCCAACUUUGGAGAUGUGUCAUGUGAUACUCCACCGCUUCUAAGCAACCAAAUACCGAAGAUAAUGAAGACGAGCCAAAAACGUGGGCUUGGUGUAAGGACAGCAGGGCGGGGCUUGAGUCUGUGUGAUGUGACCAAUCUGUCCCCUGCAGCCUAUCGCAGGUUGACCUCUGAAACCCAAUGUUCCGCUCCGGCCCGCAAACGGCGCUGCACCAUGGUUGUGAACUACAAGGAGCCGUCGCUCGGGGCGAAACUCCGCCGUGGGGACCGUUUCACAGAUGUGCAGUUUCUCAGCUCCCCCAUCUUUAAACAGAAGUCUGACCGGAGGUCUGUGGCCAAACCCAGGAAAUCUGUGAACAGGCAGCAGCAGCAGUUCCACAAGUACAACGAGUCUUUUGUCGGAUGUCGCUGAUAAAUGUUGCUGUCAGUGUGAGUUGAAGCAGCUUCUUAAAAAAGUGAUUUUUUUUUUCAAUGCAUUAUUUUACGUCUUUAUAUUGUUGUGAGCUGUAAUGUGAAAGCCCCCCAUCUUUUAAUCCUAACUCUGCAUCAUCAUCCCUUCAUUUCUUAAACUUACUACAUUUGAAGUGAUGUUAAUUCUAUGAAGGGAUAUUUGUAAUGUUUGGUAAACUGUAACUUUGAUUAUGAAAUUCUGAAUAUAUUGACUUAAUAAAUAAAUCAAACAUUA